AUGUCUGAUAAUCAUGUAAAUCCUUGGAAAGAAAUAUCCUUUGGUGCCAUAGCUGGAAUGUGUGGUAAGAUCGUUGAGUUUCCGUUCGAUACAAUCAAGGUCCGAUUGCAAUCAUCGUCACAAUUUUCACAAUUAUCUGCCCUCAACACCAUAAAAUAUACUUACCAACGCGAAGGUUUACUAAGAGGGUUCUACCAAGGCUUGAAUGCCCCUUUGUUAGGUGCUUGCUUGGAGAGUGCUGUAUUGUUUUAUUCGUAUAACUUAUCAACUGCUACUUUCAUUGACCUUUACAAAGCAAAUUUAGGUAUAAACUAUACUCAAGAGACGUUACCAUUAUGGAGCAAAUGUUUUAGUGGGGGAGUAGCUGGGUUUAUGGCGUCGUUUGUAUUGACCCCUAUCGAAUUAGUUAAAUGUAAAUUGCAAGUUACCAACUUAACCACUACGAAAUCAUUGUCGUCGCCAAACUUAUAUUCCACCAUUAUUAAGCAAGUGAUUAAACAGGAUGGAUUUGGUGGUUUAUGGCAUGGUUUAUCGAGUACAUUGAUCAGAGAAGUAGGUGGAACUGCUGUUUGGUUUGGCACCUACGAAUACACUAAUGAUCUUUUCCGUAGAGCAAGUCCAACUAACGAACUAAAUGACAUUAACUUCUUGAUUAGCGGUGCGUUAGCAGGUGUUGUAUUCAACCUAUCAGCUUUCCCGGCUGAUACAAUCAAAUCAAACGUCCAAACGUUUGAUGUCUUACAUAAAGAUCACGCAGGUUCCGGCUUUAUGCAAAUGGGUAAACUACUUCUUAGCAGGCCAGGAGGUAUUAAGAAUCUCUACAAGGGCUUAAAUAUUACAUUAUUGAAGGCCAUCCCUGCAAAUGCAUUGAUUUUUUACAUAUAUGAAGUUUUGAAACGAACCUUUUAA